UUUAUGGAACCGGGAAAAUUCCCUCUUCUUUUCGCCCCUUUUUUCCCAAAGCGCACAAUUAGUUCCCUCUCUUCAACUCACAAAUUAGGGUUUAAUUUCCUUUCUUCAUCAUAGCAGGGCUCAAUUCCCUCUCGUCAUCAUCAUCUCUACAAAAUAUUUCGGCGCAAUCCGAACAAUAAAGGUGAUGCACAUCCAUCGCAAGAUAAAUCCUCCACCAGUGCAAAGGUCUGGUGGGCUGUAUGAUAGCAUUGAGGAGAAGCUACAACCAUUGAAGAAUAUUUGCAGCAUUGAAUCCAAUUGGAUUGAAACAAAAAAAUGGUAGCCUUCAGAACAAAUAAACACGCUACAUGGGAUUCAAAUAAAGACAAUGGUGCUAUUCCGCAGUUAAAAGGUGUAAAAUCUUUCUCAUUUGAGGAGCUGAAAAAAUACACCAAUAAUUUUUCAGAAAUCAAUUACAUUGGAUCUGGUGGUUAUGGAAAGGUAUACAGAGGCACACUUCCAGAUGAACAACUUGUUGCAAUUAAAAGAGCAGAGCAAGGAUCUAAGCAGGGUGCCCUUGAGUUUAAAACUGAGAUUGAGAUUCUCUCUAGGUUUCAUCACAAAAAUGUUGUCAGCCUUUUAGGCUUUUGUUUCGGGCAAGGUGCAGAAUAUAUACCAAAUGGCUCCUUGAAAGAAAGUCUUUCUGGGAAGUCUGGGAUUAAGUUAGAUUGGAAGAGAAGACUUCAGAUAGCCCUUGGAGCAGCCAGAGGCUUGCAAUAUCUUCAUGAUCAUGUUGACCCUCCUAUCAUCCACCGAGAUAUCAAAUCGAAUAACAUCUUGCUGGAUGAGCACUUGAAUGCGAAAGUUGAUGAUUUUGGUCUCUCCAAGUCAAUGAGUGAGCCAGAAAAGGGUUACGUCAGCACUCAGGUUAAAGGAACAAUGGGCUACAUAGAUCCAGAGUAUUACACAUCACAACAGUUGACUGAGAAGAGUGAUGUCUAUAGCUUCGGAGUUGUGCUACUAGAGCUUAUAACAGCAAGGAGCCCUAUUGUGAGAGGGAAAUAUAUUGUGAAGGAAGUAAAGCAAGCAAUAGAUAAGUCUAAAGACAUGUACAACAUUGGUGGUUUCGUUGAUCCCGCUAUCCCCUCAAGCAUGACACCUAUGAGCUUCAGGAAGUUUGUGGAUCUAGCUUUAAGGUGCGUCGAAGAAGCAGGAAUUCAUAGGCCAACAAUGUAUGAGGUCCUGAAAGAGAUAGAGAACAUCAUGGAAAUAGAUGGAAUGAACACUUAUGCUGAAUCAAGAUCAACUUCUGCUAGCUGUGAAGGAACCAGCAUAGCCUGUAACCAUCCUUACAGUGAAGAAAGCCUAGUUCGCUACAGCGGGGGCACCAAUUCACAAUAAGUUUUAUAGUGCUUGGAGAAAGUAUAAGAGUCAA